AUGGAACACGAAUUGUCCGACGAAAACAAAGCGACUGGAGCGCAUGAACCACCGACAAAUGUCGCGUUAUCCAACAAGCGACGUUCGUUCCGCUCACUACUUGUCAAAUCAUCAUGGGCUCAAACAGUGGGCUUCAAGGUUUUCGGCAACAAAGGCAAGAGAGAUGAUAAUACCAUUGGUAAAAGGAACGACAACAACCAAACGGACGUCAUUAGAACGACCAAUAACGCGCGACCUGAAUUCUUUUCAAGGAAACCAAAGCGUUCAACGCACACGGCUCUGGCCGAGCCGCUCGCAGAGCUGGGACGACUGGAUAAGAAGACUACCAAUUCUGAAUGGAAGACUGUAACACUUGACGAAUCCGAGAAGGAUUCGCUGAAGCUGCUCAGGCGACGCAGCCUGGGGGACUUGUUCAAAAGUAUUCGCCUUAGUAAAGUAAAUCGAACAAAAUUUCAAGACAUGCUCCAAGACAACCAAGACACCGAAUUCGAGUCGAGGGCCGAGGAUCAAGUAGAUGGACGUCAUCCCAAGAUGUCCGAAUGCCCGGCUCUUGGGGAACUAGAAUUUGAUAUGAAGUUUUACGCUCCUCCCAACGGCUCUUUGACUCGUUCUGUUUCUACAGUAGAGAAAAAGACGAUAGAUACGGCAAGCAGUCACCAGGAGCAAGAUCAGGCUUUAGUCAUGCCAGAGGAUACAGUGGCCCAUGACUCUGGCUCUGACAAUGCCGUCAAUCAGCUGGUUGUCACUGAAGAGAAUGUAAAUUCUUCUGGCAAAGCUGUAGAACGAGUAGCCGUCAUCUUUCCAGCGACUAUGGAAUGCGAGGAGCAUGUCGAGUACUUUACGGGAGCACAUGGCGCUUUGAUGGCCAUAUACAAUCAACGGAAGUUGUUCGCGGAUCGAGUACUGUUCAAUUCGUGGACCGACACUUUUUAUGCGCUACCGCCUGCUUUUAAUGCAGUUCAAACACAACCUACAAAAGACUACGUCAAACUUACUGACCCUCGCCUGAGUAUACAGUCUUCUUCUAAAGUCGACAGCUCUAUAACGCUUCCAGGACCAUGGAAACUUUCAGCUUGUUCACAGCAGUUGAACGUCAACGGCUCCAAGGACAUCCGGACAGCCAUUGCGUUGGAGAUGAAGACUGGAAAGGAUGUCGAUACUUUGGUGCACAAUGAAGACACACUUCAGGGGCCUCAAACUGACCCGGAGAAUAGCCUCAACAAUGGACCAACACCCCUGAUUGUUAGUGCUUCAGAUGACACAGACCUUGCACAGAAGUUCAUUGAAGUGCCUUUGAUAACGUUGAUUUCCUCACUAACUGGAGAGCCUACAUCGAGCGCUAAUGAUCCUUGGAUUUGGUAUCAAAUUCACAAGAAGACAAGAGACACAGCAGGACUCGUCGUUGUGCCAUUUAUGCGCUCCACAGAGUCGUCAACCCCGCUUGACGUAUUGGAGUAUGAGAAUACCCCGACUUGUUCAACACGUAACAGGAGCUUGGAAAAUGCCGCGGCCGGUCAUACCUCGUCGAGAUCAACCAAGGCCUCGACAUCCAUCAAUUUCGAUGAGAUGAAAACGGAAGGUGGGCUUAACAAUAACCCCCUAUUUUAA